AUGCCUGCUUCGAAGCUCUAUCUUGCCGUCAUCGGUGUCGGCGGUGUCGGCGCCGCUUUCCUGUCCCAGCUUGCGCACCUCCCUGCCUCGCUUCGACCGACCUUGAUCUUCGUCUCCCGCUCCUCGAAACAACUGUACACACCCUCCUACGACGCAGUGUCCGCUUCUGACCUGAACUCAUCUACUUCCAAACUUCUGUCAAUCCCAGAUCUGACUAGCUACCUCUCCUCCGCUCCGGGAAAGGCCAUCCUGGUGGACAACACGUCCAACCAGGAUGUUGCGAAUGCCUACCCCUCAUUUCUGCGCAAGGGCAUCAGCGUGGUGACGCCAAACAAAAAGGCCUUUUCAAGCAAUCUACAACUGUGGACGGAUAUCUUUGACGCCGUCGAGUCCUCGGACGGACAAGCUCUGAUCUACCAUGAGUCAAGCGUCGGGGCUGGUCUGCCGGUCAUCUCCACGCUCAAAGACCUCGUGGCGACAGGCGACCAAGUCACACGCAUUGAGGGAGUCUUCUCAGGCACAAUGUCGUUUCUGUUCAAUUCGUUCGCGCCUGCAGAUGGAAGUGGAAAGGGUAAAUGGUCCGAGAUUGUGGCUCAGGCGAAAGAGGCAGGGUACACCGAGCCAGACCCACGAGAUGAUUUGAAUGGCAUGGACGUGGCCCGGAAGUUGACCAUCCUUGCAAGGCUGGCAGGCCUCAAGGUCCAGGGUCCCGAGAGUUUCCCGGUCCAGAGCCUCAUUCCCAAGGAGUUGGAGAGCGCCAAGUCAAGUGACGAAUUCAUGCAGAGACUACCAGAAUUUGACGGUGAGAUGGAAGCAUAUAAAGAUGAAGCAGCCAAGGCUGGUAAGGUAGUCCGGUACGUUGGCUCUGUUGACGUCGGUGCUGGGAAGGUGAAAGUUGGUCUCGAAACCGUGGACCAAGGUACGCCAAUCGCCAGCCUCAGGGGAAGCGACAACUUGAUUUGCUUCUAUACGAAACGGUACGGUGCCAAUCCGCUGGUUAUCCAAGGUGCUGGCGCUGGCGGUGAGGUUACCGCUAUGGGUGUCACGGCCGAUCUUAUUAAAGCGGUCGAGCGUCUGCGAUAG